AUGACAGCCGCAAGCAGCACAGAGAAGCCCAUAAACCUAUUACGCGGUUGGCCCAACCCAUCCCUCUUGCCCACUUCCGCUCUCCUACGCGCAUCUCAGUCCGCCCUCUCCGAUCCAUCCAUCUCCGUCCCCGGCCUCCUCUACGGUCCCGAUCCAGGCUUUCAACCCCUUCGAGAGGAGAUUUCCAAAUGGCUCGGCGACUUUUAUGGCGGCGGCGAGUCGGACGCGGAUCGCAUCUGUAUCACGGGAGGAGCAAGCCAGAAUCUGGCGUGCGUGUUGCAGGUGUAUAGCGACCCGCUGAAGACGAAGGUGUGGAUGGUGGCGCCGUGUUACUUUUUGGCGUGUAGGAUUUUUUCGGAUGCGGGCUUGGUUAUGAGGGCUGUGGAGGAGGGGGAGGGGGGUAUUGAUCUGGUCGCUCUGGAGAGGGAGAUGGAGAAGACUGAGAGGGAGGGCGGGAGCUCGAAAGCACUGAAACGCUCUACGCCUUGGUCCAAGAUCUAUAGCAACAUCAUCUACUGCGUACCAACGUUCUCAAAUCCCUCCGGAAAGACCAUGUCUCUAUCAACCCGGGAGGCACUCGUCAAACUAGCUCGUAAAUACGACGCCCUCGUCGUAACUGACGACGUCUACGACUUUCUCCAAUUUCCAACCUCACCAUCGACCUCAAGCGACCCAAUGACCAGAGCACUUCUUCCCAGGCUCGUCGAUAUCGACAGAACACUCGAACCAGUCCCUCCGCCCGAUAGUUUCGGGAACGCCAUGUCCAACGGAUCAUUCUCGAAAAUUGCCGGUCCAGGUGUCAGGACGGGCUGGGCCGAAGCUACUCCCAAAUUUACCUACGGUCUCUCUCAAUGCGGAUCUUCUCGCUCUGGCGGAGCACCUAGUCAGCUGGCUGCAACCAUGAUGACGGAGCUCCUGAAAAACGGAGAGCUGCAAACGCAUAUCGAGAAAGUGCUCCACCCAGCCUACAAGAGGCGAUACGAGAUCAUGGUUCUGGCCAUCCAGAAACACCUCAUUCCGCUAGGGAUCCAACUUGGAGAAGUCAGUUGUGAAGGGCGGGCUGUCUUCGGAGGAUAUUUCAUCUGGCUUGAAUUGCCAGAGACUGCACAUGCCGAGCGCGUGGCCGAGAUUGCGAAGCGAGAGCACCGCCUGAUCGUUGCGCCUGGUCACAUCUUCGAGGUUUCCGACGACGCGAGUGUCCCAUUUGCGCACUCUCUCCGGCUCUGCUUUUCUUGGGAGGAGGAGAGUGAUUUAGAAGAGUCGAUCAUCAGGUUAGCGAGAGCGGUGCGGGAUGCUGUCAACAACGGGGCAAGGUCGUCGCUCGCCGUUGAAGGUGGACUCGACAAGCAAGGACUGAAGCAAGGCCUCGGGGAGUUCCAAUAA